UGUAAAUAUGUGUUAUUGUUUUGGUAAAGAAUUGGAGGUCAUCUAAAAUCCAUAUUAGUUAUUGAAUUAAGGGCCAAUUCGGUUGUUUCUAUACACAUUCUGCCACGUCUAAGUUAUUUAAAGAGUUCUUGAACCCAUCUUUGUGAAGAAGGUCCAGGAUUUAUUUAUUUUUGUCGCUUUUUAGUUCAGCUGUUUACGCCAGGAAGCGGAUCUUAUUCACUCAUUUCUGCCUUUUUGUCAUCAGAAGCAGCAAACAGUGAGUAAGUCCGCCCCAUGCUGCCACACCUGCUCCCCCUGACAGGCCGGUCCCGGUUCGUGUGAGCUUCUGGACCCAGCUGCGGGGGAUUUGGACAACCAUGUCUGCGCAGACGGGGGUCCAGCCCUCGCUGCGCUUCGGCCAGGUGGUCAUCGGCCCGCCGGGCUCGGGUAAAACCACCUACUGCCAGGGGAUGCGGGAGUUCCUGACCGGCCUGGGGCGCCAGGUGGUGGUGGUGAACAUGGACCCGGCCAACGAAGGGACCCCUUACUCCUGCGCCGUGGACAUCGGCGAGCUGGUCACGCUGGACGACGUCAUGGAGAACCUGAAGCUGGGGCCCAAUGGCGGCCUCCUCUACUGCAUGGAGUACGUGGAAGCCAACCUGGACUGGCUGGAGAGCAAGCUGGCCCAGUUCAGCGACUGCUACUUCUUGUUCGACUGCCCCGGACAGGUGGAGCUGUACACCCACCAGAGCUCGGUGAAGAACAUCUUCUCCCAGCUGGCCAAGUGGAACUUCAGACUCACAGCCGUGCACCUCGUAGACUCCCAUUACUGCGCUGACCCAGCCAAGUUCAUCUCCGUGCUGUGCACCUCCCUCUCCACCAUGCUGCACGUGGAGCUUCCCCACGUCAACGUCCUCUCCAAGAUGGACUUGAUUGAGCAGUAUGGACGACUGGCAUUCAACCUUGACUUCUACACAGACGUUAUGGACCUCUCCUAUCUGCUCGACCACUUGGCCGCCGACCCCUUCUUUAAAAAGUUUCGCCAUCUUAACGAAAAGUUAGCGGAAGUCGUCCAGGAUUACAGCCUCGUGUCCUUCGUGCCUCUCAACGUCCAGGACAAAGACAGCAUGGUUCAGGUCUUACGGGCGGUGGACAAGGCCAACGGGUACUGCUUCGGAGACCUGGAGGAGAGGAAUCUGCAGGCGAUGAUGUCAGCUGCUGUGGGGGCCGACUUCCAGUUCAGCUCAACUCUUGGCGUGCAAGAGAGGUAUGUCGACACCAGCAGGAAGACGGUGGAAGAGGAAAUGAUGGAACUGUAAAUAAAAAGGAGGGGAAAAA